GUUUUCCGAAAGCGCUGUACCCCUUUCCCUUCCCCCUUCCUUCGUCAUGUUGUCCUUCCUUACCCUCGCUGUCCUCGCGCGCUUCGCCAUCGCCACGCCCAGCGUGAGCGUCAGCCUUGCCCCGGGCGACUCCGCGACUUCGGUCGUCGCCACUGUCACGAACACGGGCAGCGAGGACGUUUCCUUGCUCAAGUGGGGAUCCAUUCUUUCCGACCUCUCCAUCAAGCAGUUCGAUCUCUACGAUGUUGACAGUGGCAACUCGACCCUCUUCAACGGCAUGACCGGCGUACUCUACGACCUAUCCCGCGUCACCGCCGACGCCUGGCAGUUCCUCCCCGCCGGCCAGUCGACCACCAAGUCCAUCGACUUCGCCGGCACGCACAAGCUCGACGCGCCCGGCGACUACCUCGCCAUCACCGACAACGUCUUUGAGUACGUCGAGGGCGAGUGGGACGGGCAGACCGCGCCCGCGAGUGUGCUCCCGUACUUUGCGAACGCGACGAUCACGGUGUCGGAUGAGGGCGUGAAGGCCUCGAAGGCGAAGUUCGCGGCGCGCGCCGUUGAGAUGUCGAAGCGCGUGAAGGUUGAGGGAUGCGAUGAUGCGGGGCAGAAGGAUACGCUGACGAAGGCAUACAACCGCGCGCAUGAGCUUUCGUCGAAUGCGGCGAAUGUUGCGAAAACGGGCACGGGUGAUAUCUUCAAUAAGUGGUUCAAGUCCAACUCGCAGGACGACCGCAACACCGUCGGCGGCGUCUUCGGCAACAUCGCCGCCACCCAGGUGAUUGAGGACCCCUCCACCUUCUCCACCAACUGCCAGGGUGACUGCUCUGAGGGCGUCGUCGCCUAUGCCGCCAUCGCCCAAACCGGCGACGGCACCAUCGUCGGCGGCACCGUCUACAUGUGCGCGCCCUUCUGGACGUUCCCGCUCGACACGCCCGAGUGCCCGGGCGGCAACGGCCAGGCGGACGUCCUCGUCCACGAGGUCUCGCAUCUCUUCGGCAAGCUCGACACGGCGUACGGCGUCGACCCGGCGCUUGCGCUCGGCCACGACCAAGCCAUGCAGAACGCGGACAACUUCCGCUACUACGCGCGUAACAUCGUCUGCUAAGCUUGAUGUUUUCUCUAAUUUAUGGGGGUGUAUUUAUUGGCAAGAUUUGGGUUGACGGGGAUGUAUUGUUAUCACGAAUAUAUCACAGAAAGCUCCUUCGGAUGAGCGGCAGAGUCAAUGCAGAUGUGCUUGGGACAGC